UGUAAAGUCAGCUGUUUCUAAAAAUUACUUUUUUUAGAAUAUAAAGAAUUUCCAAAUAAGAAAAACGUGUCAAGAAUUUCGCACCAAGUCAUUUUCAAUGAAAAAAUUGAUCUCUCGUCACAAAUUCAAAAAAAUUGUGAUUACUUCGAAUUAUAUAACCUCAAACUGUGUGAGUGAGACAAAACAAGUUGUCCAACUUUCGACUUAAAUUUCCGAUUUCCCCUCAAUUUAAUACCGAAAAUGGUAACAAGAUGUGUAGUCCACGGUUGUAAAAGCACCUCCGACUCCAGUAAAGAAAAAGUUUCAUUCUUUCAAGUCCCCAAAGCUAAAUUAAAGUUGUGGCAAAAGAUAGUUCGAACCAAACACCGGCCUCUGACGAUAAAAGACAGGAUUUGUGAGAAACAUUUCAAAGAAUCGGACAUUAUUAAAGAAAUUAUAACACCACUUUACUCGUACAAAUUGGACAGGAUUCGAUUGAAACCCAACGCAUUACCAUCCAUGUUACCCAUUUAUCGUAAUUACCAACUCCGGUCACGGAAAUUAACAUGGGAGCCCCCUAUAAAAAAAAUCAAACUCGAACAACCAAUCGAAUUUAUCCACAUAGACGAAAUGGACAAACUUGAAACAACACCUGAAGAGGUUUUCAGGUCUCAUUUGGAAACGGCACGUUUAAAAUACAAUUAUUCUAAACACAUGACUUUAGAAGAAUACAACCAAAUAGUGGCGCAAGUUUCGGAAGCGAAAAAGACGAAAGACGAUUCAAAAUUGUCAAAAUAUAAUGUAGUUAUCAUCAAUGGACAAAAAAAAUUAACAGCGACACACCCAACUGACCUUCAGUAUUACGUUCACGAUGAUGAACUUUUUCACAUUUUGCAACACACUCAUAUCGCUUUGCAACAUGGAAAUCAGAGACAAAUGAUGACAGAAUUGAAAAAACGCUACAAGAACAUUAUCGGUGGCGACGUAGCCACUUUUAUCGAAUUUUGUCCCCGAUGUAUACGAAAUUCUAAAGCAAAAGACCACAAAAGCGUACCGAUGAUUUUUAGUAAAAUCAGUUCGAUUUGUCACGUUAAUUUAUUAGAUUAUCGGGCUUGGCCUGACGGUGAUUUUAAAUACAUUCUUGUCUACCACAACGAAAUGACAAAUUUUUGUCAAUUGAAAGCUCUAAAGACGAACAAACCGAGCGAAAUUGCUGAACAUUUAGUGGAUAUUUUCACCUUUGUUGGGGCCCCGACUGAAAUGCACACCCGCGAGAAAGAUUCCCACUUUCUCGAAAACAUUCUAAAAGAAUUGAAACAAAUUUGGCCAAAUUUAGUCAUCAAACCGGUCAAAAGUAACCAACAUGAGAUUUUAGCCGAAAUCAAACGGAUCGAAUACGAAACAAAAUCAAUCCGAAAUCGGAAACGGUGGAGUUCGAUCCUGCCUUUCAUCCAAUUUGAGAAAAAUAAAGACAUAUCGUCGGGGGUACGACCGUAUGAGAGACUAUUCGGGCUUGUGGAACCUUACGAAAAAACAGUUUUGUCGUCAAACAUUCAAAAAAUCAGCAAAAACACGAUUGUGCAAAAGCCCGAAACGACAUUUGUCGACGAGGAAAACAUCGGACAAAUCUGUACACAUGAACCUGACGAAAUCGAGGGAGACAAUGAGGGAAUCCCCCGGUUUUUUCUCCCCUCAUUUUUCAAAAUCCCCAAACCGACAAGAAAGAAAAUUGAGCUCGAGAAAGCUUUCAAAAAAUUGACUCGAAACAACACAGCGAUUUUGACGAAAGCAAAAUACAAAAAUUUAAUUAAAAAAGUCAACACUUAUCGAAAAUUGAAACACUAUGAUACUCUCGAAAUAGAUGGAGUUGUAGUACUUAUCACUUCUACGACUAAUGGUACCGGCACUAUUAAAUAUUACGUCCACGAAGACGAACUUUUCGAUAUACUCCACUACACUCAUAUUAAUUUCGAUCACGCAAGCCACUCCGAAAUGGCUAGGAAACUUAAAAGAAAAUUCGAAAAUAUAACAAACGAGAUUAUUUCAACCUACUUGUUAUUGUGUCCGGAGUGUAAAGGUAUUUCAGACAGUAAUACUGCAACAUAUUCAGACAAUUAUGCGCCACAACUCGAGAUAGUUGGCGACAUUAUUCCUCACAAUGAAAUGUCUUCGAAAUGUUCAAUCAAUUUUCUCAAUUUUGAGUCACAACUUGACCAUGAUUACAAAUAUGUGAUGGUUUAUGUAAACACACUGACAAAAUUUCACAUCCUUAGACCAAUGAAACAUAAAACAAGCAAAGAAAUUGCGGAUAUUUUGUUGGAUAUUUUUACUUUCUUAGGCGUCCCGUCAAAAAUCUUCACACAAGAGUCUCGUUUACUGUGGCGUGCAAUCACAAAAGUGAGACAAUUGUGGCCCGGAUUUUGCCUGAUUGUCCAAAUAAGACAAGGAAUUGCCCCUAGAAUGAUCGACAGAGAAUUGGAACAUUGGAUGUGCAGUAACAAGACCCUCGAAUGGACCAAAGGACUCGACCACGUACAACUAAUGCGAAACAAAUUCUUAAAUUACAAUAUUGAGAAAAGUCCUUUCGAUGCACUCUUCGCUGCGACCGCAGGCCUCGAGCAAGACCAACCCGAAUUGAUUUCUGAAGAAGAAAAAGACCCACUUUCGUCUUACGACAUGGAAAAAAUUCCCCAAGUCAAAAAACAAAGACGAGUUCGUCGAAAAGCCCCAUUUAAAAGCCUCCAAACUUUCGUUAUGAGUGGGCUAACGUCCCGCUGUUCCGUCAAUUUGAUCGAUUAUCACACCAAACCUGAUGGCCACUACAACUUUAUCAUGGUUUAUCAAAACACAUCGACAAAAUUCUCGAUUCUAAAACCACUCAAAACGAAAUUUCCUGACGAAGUGGCCGAAAAUCUAGUCGAUAUUUUUACAUUAGUCGGUGCUUCUGAUGUGGUCGAGUCAUAUCACGGCCGAGAGUUUGUUCGUAAACUAGCAAAAAGUGUCAAUCAUCUUCACCCGAAUUUGAUUUUUGAAUACAACUUGACGACGUAUCGAAAUUAUAAAAGUGUGUGUAGUAUUGAAAUAGAAAUACAAAGAUGGAUGUUGCACAAUGGGACGCAGCAGUGGACACAGGCGCUUCCUUUUGUACAAUUGACCACGAAUAAGUCUUUUGAUGAGGAGAUGGCUGUUGUGCCUUUUGAAGCGUUCUUCAAGGGAUUGGGAUAUGCAGGGAGAGAAGAAGAGGAUGUUAAAUAGUGUUAUUAUUUUCCUACUGUUAUGAAUAAUAAAUUUAAAAAU